AUGCCUUCUCCCUUCCCCCAAUCCGUGGACGUCUUAGCCGGCGUCGUGUUAAAGGCGCCAAUUGCCGCCAACGCCAAGCACUUGUACUCCCCAGAGGCGCUUUCUUUCGUCGCAACCUUGCACCGCACUUUCAACAAACAGAGAUUGGCCCUCUUGGCCGCCCGUGAGACCGAGCAGCAGCGUCGCGACGCCGGUCACUUCCCCGACUUUUUCCCCGAAACUGCCUUCAUCCGUGAUGACGCGACCUGGACCGGUCCGGUUCUCGCGCCGGGCUUGGAGGACCGUCGCGUGGAAAUCACCGGCCCUACCGACCGUAAGAUGGUCAUCAAUGCCUUCAACUCCGAUGUCGCCACCUACAUGGCCGACUUCGAAGACUCUUCCACCCCAACCUGGUUCAAUGUGGUUGACGGCCAGGUCAACUUGUACGACGCCAUCCGCGGCACCAUCUCCUUGAAGACGCCGAAGAAGACGUACCUGUUGGCGGACAAGAGACACCCAACCUUGAUUGUCAGACCAAGAGGCUGGCACUUGCACGACAACCACAUCACCGUGGACGGUGAGCCGGUUUCCGGGGGGAUCUUGGAUUUUGCCAUCUACUUCUUCAACAACGCAAAGUAUUUGGUUGCCAACGGCGCGGGUCCAUAUUUCUACCUCCCAAAGAUGGAGCACUACAAGGAAGCCGCGUUGUGGAACGCCAUCUUCUGCCAGGCCCAAUCCGCGAUCGGCUUGCCAAUCGGGACCAUCAGAGCUACCGUCUUGAUCGAAACCCUCCCAGCCGCCUUCCAGAUGGACGAAAUCAUCUACUCCCUCCGCCAGCACUCUGCGGGGUUGAACUGUGGCCGUUGGGACUACAUCUUCUCCUUCAUCAAGUCCUUGCGUAACCACAAGGAGUUUAUCUUGCCAGACAGAUCCCAGGUUACCAUGAAGGCGCCGUUCAUGGCGUCGUACGUGCAGUUGUUGAUCGAAACCUGCCACAAGCGCCAAGUCCACGCUAUGGGCGGGAUGGCCGCAUUGAUUCCAAUUAAGGACGACGCCAAGGCCAACGAGGCCGCCAUGAACAACGUCAGGUCUGACAAGUUACGCGAGGUGCUUGCUGGCCACGACGGUACCUGGGUCGCGCACCCAGCCUUGGCCGUCGAGGCGUACAACAUCUUCAACAAGCACAUGCCGGGCCCUAACCAGAUCUUCAAGCCGGUUGACGCCAGCUUGCCUCCAAAGAAGAAGAUCACUGCCAGAGACUUGUUGUCCCCGUCCGUGGGCGACGCCAAGUCCGAGGUUACCGAGGCUGGGAUCCGCACCAACAUCGCCAUUGGUUUAGGGUACACCGAAGCCUGGCUCCGGGGGAUUGGCUGUGUGCCAAUCAACUAUUUGAUGGAAGACGCCGCUACCGCCGAAGUCUCCCGUUCCCAGUUGUGGCAAUGGAUCAGACACGGGGCCAAGACCACCAACGGCAAGGUCAUUACCGCUGACUACGUGUCCCAGUUGGUUGGUGAGGUUGUCGGAGGCUUGAUCAAGGACGCCAAGGCCAGAAACGCCCCAGAGGCGUACAACCAGGCUGUUAGUUACUUCAAGAAGGGUGCCAUCCCGGGCCGCAACGGCGAGUACGACAACUUCUUGACCUUGGACUUGUACGAGGAGAUUUCCAAGAAGACUGCCGGUGGCAGAGGUGUUGCCGCGUUCGGUGCCUCCAAGUUGUAG